CCUUUCUUUUUUCCUAUAUAAGACAAGUAACUCCAUUUGCAUUUCACUUACACAAAUUCCAAUUAGUUCUGUUUUUCAUAGAAGCUAAUUCUCCUAUAUGGCUCGUUCAGUCCCUUUGGUUUCCACCAUCAUUGUCAUAUUUCUGCUUCUUGUGGCUACUGAGAUGAGGCCAAUUAUGGUGGCAGAGGCAAGGACAUGUGAAUCACUAAGUUACUCCUUCAAAGGACUAUGUGUGCGUGACCACAAUUGUGCUGUUGUGUGCCAAACUGAGGGUUUCACUGGAGGACAAUGCAAAGGCUUCCGUCGUAGAUGUUUUUGUAAUAAACCUUGUUAAAAAUUUACUAAAUUAAUUAAUUAAAGAUGAUGAUUCCAUCACCUUUUGUACUUUUGUUUUAUAUUGAAAUAAAAUGAGGAGUAUUUUUAUUUAUAAAAGGAAAAAUAUAUUUUGUUA